AUGCCUUUAUUUGAAACAAUUAAACAUACAUACAAACAUUUAUGGUCAGAUGCAUCAACAGCAAGUUUUAGAAAAUAUCCAUCACCAGAAAGACCAGAUAUAUUGAGUAUAGAUAUUUUAUCAAAAGAGAUAGAUCCAACAACAGGAGUAUUAAAAUGUACAAAAUUAAUUAUAUGUAAAGGUAAUACACCAUCAUGGCUAAAAUCGAUUUUAGGAUCAGGUGAAUGUUUAUUCUACGAAGAGACAACAGUAGAUCCAAAGAAUAAAAUUAUGACAUUAAAGACAAAGAAUUUAAAUUUCACAAAUAUAUUAGGUGUCGAUGAAGUUUGCACCUAUGAACAACAUCCAGACAAUGAGGAAUGGACUCUCUUUACUCAAGAGGCAACCGUAACCUCAUCAAUUUUCGGUGUUGCACGUAAAAUGGAAGCUUUUUGUCUCGAUCGUUUCGUUGCAAACGCUGGUAAAGGUCGUAAGAUCAUGGAAGAUACAAUCAUUAAAGUUCAAAAAGAAGCCGAAGAAUCUUUAGCCUCUUUCGAUAAAACUUUUACCUCAAUAAAACAUGAAGCUGAACAAAGUUUUGAAAAAGCUUUUUCAACUGCCGAAGAUAUUUUACCAAUCAUUAAAUUAGAUGAUAAACAAUCACAAACUACUCAAAAUACACAAUCAAAUAAUAAUAAAAAGAAAUAA